GGCUAGAAAACGGUCUUGUUGUUGCGAGCAGGUUUUAGUUUGAAGGGAUAUCUUCACCUUGUUUUAUCCAGGUCCAGUGUUACUUCAUCAACGCUGACACAGCAGCCAUGACAUCAAAAGGUGCUAAGGAGACCAUCGUCACCAGGUUGGGUUUCAAAUCCGGCAGCUCUUCCUCCAAGGCUGAGGCAGAGCUGGAGAAAGUGAGGAAGGAGAACGCUCACCUCAGGAGAAAGAUUGAUGAACUGGCCAAACGGCACAUCAAACCACCCGACUCGGACAAAAGCAAGCUGCUGGAGAGGAUUCUUUCCCUCGAGACGCUGCGAGAGAGAAACAAUCAGCAGCUGCUUGUUAAAGAGCAGGAACUAGAAACACUGAGACAGCAGCUGACAGCUCGAGGAGGAGAGGUGGUGGCCUCGCUGCAGGCCCAGCUGGAGCAGCGGAGGAAGGAGGCUGAGCAGAGAGACACGUUGUUCCGGAGCUUGUCACAGGAGACGGAGAACCUGAAAAACCAGCUGGUCACUGUUUCUACCCGGUGUCAGUCCCUGGAAGCACAGGUGGUGAGUGGACAGGUACCUCCUGCAGACUUGGCUUUGGUACAAGAUCAGCUGAGAGACGCUCUUGAGAAGAACCAGCAGUGGCUGACCUACGACCAGCAGAGAGAGGCCUACGUCCACUCCGUCCUUGCCCGCACGCUGGAGCUGGAGCAGCAGCUGGCUCAGGCGAAGCAGCAGCAAACCAAACAUGAAGCCACUCCGGAUGCUCCUGCCAUCCCAGCAGCUCCAGAAAAGGAUGUUCAAGUGAAGAGCCACUACGAGCAGUUGAUGUUGGGGUUACAGAAAGAUCUGGAGAGCCAGAAAGAUCAAGUCACCAGAGCCAAGCAGGAGCUCAGUGUGCAGAGGGAACAGUCCUUGAACGCUCAGGCCGAGCUGCAGUCUCAGAGGGAGCAGGUCGCCAGGCUCCAGGAGGAGAUGUCGGCACUGCGGAGGAGCUAUGAGGACAAGUGCGGCGAGCUGUCGUCCUUUCUGAGGAAGUACAAAGAGAGGAGCAACGAGCUGGAGGAGGCCAAGAUGCAGCUGCAGGCCGAGCGACUCAGCAACAGGCAUGAGGUGUGCGAGGAGAGGAAGGUGUCGUCUGAGCGGACAGACAGGAUGAGGGCGGAACUGGAGAGCAUGGACAUCAGGUUGGAGGAGGAGAGGAAAAGAUCUGCUGAACUUCUACUGCAGGUAAAUAUGCUGCAGAAGUCUCUCCUGAGCCAAAAUGACGACCAGAGGAGAAUGGCAGCUCUGGAGCAACAGAAUAAAAAGUUCUGUGACUUUGUGGACAAACAGACUGGAUACAAGACGAAAUGCAUGCUCACGUUCCCUCUGAUGGCUGACAAAGAGUGCCUUGGAGUCGUCAUGGUACUAAACAAAAUAGGGGCCGACGUGUUCACUGCAGAGGAUGAGACGCUCUUCCACAAGUACAUGAACUUUGCUCAAGUCAUCGCCCUGCAGCAUUUCACAGCCUACAUGUUCAAUGUGGAGUCCAGAAGGAGUCAGGUGCUGCUCUGGUCGGCCAGCAAAGUGUUUGAGGAGUUGACAGACAUUGAGAGACAGUUCCACAAAGCGCUCUACACUGUCAGGACCUAUCUGCAAUGCGAGCGAUACUCAGUGGGUCUGUUGGAUAUGACCAAAGAGAAGGAAUUCUAUGAUGAAUGGCCAGUGAAACUGGGAGACGUGGAACCCUAUAAAGGACCAAAAACGCCAGACGGCAGGGAAGUCAUCUUUUACAAGAUCAUUGACUACCUCCUGGAAGGCAAAGAAGAAAUCAAAGUCAUACCUGGUCCGCCUGCAGACCACUGGGCUCUGGUUAGUGGACUGCCGACCUACGUGGCAGAGAAUGGCUUUAUUUGCAACAUGAUGAACGUGGCUGCAGAUGAUUUCUUCACUUUCCAGAAAGAGGCUGUGGAUGAGACGGGUUUUGUCAUCAAGAACGUCUUGUCACUGCCCAUUGUCAACAAGAAGGAAGAAAUUGUGGGCAUCGCCACUUUCUUCAACAGGAAAGACGGCAAGCCGUUCGACGAGCACGACGAGCAGAUCACCGAGGCCCUGACACAGUUCCUGGGCUGGUCGGUGCUGAACUGCGACACCUACGACAGGCUGAACCGUAUGGAGUACAGGAAAGACAUCGCCCAGGAGAUGCUCAUGUACCAGACCAAAUGCACCACGGAUGAGCUGCAGUCCAUUCUGAACACCAAAGAGAAGUUUGACUCAGAGCCUGAAGACUGCGACCAGAAAGAGAUGUACAAACUAUUGAAAGGAACCUGCCCGCCAGCUGACAAUGUCAACGGAGAGAGCCUGUACCUGUUCUCCUUCAGCGACUUCCCCGUCACCGAGUUUGACCUCAUCAAAGCCGGCAUUCGCAUGUUCUUUGAGCUCGGAGUUGUUGAGAAGUUUAAAGUUCCCGCAGAAACGCUGACCAAAUGGAUGUACACAGUGAGGAAGGGCUACCGUGCCAUCACCUACCACAACUGGAGGCACGGCUUCAACGUAGGCCACACCAUGUUCUGCCUGCUGCAGACAGGGAGGCUGAGAAAGUACUACUCUGAUCUAGAUGCCUUUGCCAUGGUGGCUGCUGCUUUCUGCCAUGAUAUCGACCACAGGGGGACCAACAACCUCUACCAGACAAAGAGUGCGUCUCCUCUGGCUAAACUUCAUGGCUCCUCCAUCAUGGAGAGGCACCAUUUGGAGUUCAGCAAGACGCUCAUGGGCGACGAGACCCUGAACAUCUUCUGCAACCUCCAGAAGCGCCAGUUUGAGCAUGUGCAGCACUUGUUUGACGUCUGCAUCAUCGCCACAGACCUGGCCCUUUACUUCAAAAAGAGAACCAUGUUCCAGAACAUUGUAAAUGCCACAGAGCCAAUGACAGAUGAAAAAGAGGCCAUCGGUUUCAUCUCCAACAACCCCACCAGGAAGGAAAUUGUCAUGGCCAUGAUGAUGACAGGCUGUGACUUGUCGGCUAUCACCAAACCCUGGGAGGUACAGAGCAAGGUGGCUCUGAUGGUCGCUGCUGAAUUCUGGGAACAGGGAGAUUUGGAGCGAAGUGUUUUGGACCAGCAGCCAAUUCCCAUGAUGGACAGAAACUGCGCCGAGCAGCUGCCCAAGAUGCAGUGCGGUUUCAUCGACUUCGUGUGCUCCUUUGUGUACAAGGAGUUCUCCAGGUUCCACAAAGAGAUCCAGCCCAUGUUUGACGGUCUGAACAACAACAGGUCACACUGGAACGAGCUGGCUGAGGUAUACAACGCAAAGAUGAAGGCCAUUGAGGAUGAGAAGAAGAAAUUGGAAGAAGAGGAAGCCAAGAAAGCUGGAGGCGGGGAAGGGAAGUCGAAGACCUGCACCAUCUGCUAAGUUCCUCCAGCGCUUCUGGAUCUGGACUCAUGCUGUCUGGUUAGGACUAAUCUAGGCUACGCUAGCCUCUUCUGGUCUAGACAACUAGUCUAGUUGACCGGGCUGGCUUGGUCUGGUCUGAGCUACACCGGCGUAGUUCCCUCUGGUUAGGUGUUCUGCGCUCUGGUGCAGUCUAGUCCGGGCCCAUUAGGCCUGGCCUGGUUCAGUCUAGCCUAACUUUAGUCUAGUUUAGUCAACUAUCGAAGGAGGGAAGAGUCAGAAACAUCACCAGGAAGUAAUGCUGGGACUCUGACUGCAAGAGAUGACUCAGAAGACGUGAUGUGUUUGAAACUUUCUCUGCCACGAACAUUUGAAACGCAACAUAUACAUGGACAAGAAAUAUUUCCCGUUAGCAUAGCAACAAUUUAAACAUGGUUUGAGACCAGCUGGAUACGCUCAUAAGCUGUAAACAAAGCUUUAAAGCACAGAUACAAACUCUUAAUAUAAAUAGCUCAAAUAGGGGGCUGCAUGUGGGGUGUAUACAUGCCAAAGCAGUAGUUUUCACACAGGGUUCCUAUUGGCAGUCACACACACAGUAUUGUAGUACUGUAGAUGCACAAUGCACUUAGCUGCUGCUGUUUUGGCAGCAGCAGGCCGCGAAUGGAGGGCAGGCAGGCACAACACCCAUGUAACUUUGUACUUGACUGGGAUCUGGCUUACAGUUCAGCUCUUUUGGUGGACAGUUAAAGUAGAGUUGUGCAAUGAAUUCCUUGAAAACUGAAGCAUCUGGUAAUGCUGCGUAACAAACUAUGAAGCUCAGAUGCCACAGCGAGUAUCGAGCGAUAACGCUCAACCAAGCAAGGGCUGAUGUUCUCUUACCUCAAAGGGCGCCGAUGAGUCGUGUAAGAGUCUACAUAUUUUAAUAUGCAAUCUAUCUAUAUGCGUAUAUAUUUUUUUGAUUCUUUGUCUGAGAAUUUUGUACUUGAACUGUCUUCAUGGAUUGGAGGGUUUGAGGCGAAUUUUGAGAGAGGGCGUUGUAAGGCGAGAAAAUGUGAAAACUUUAUUCAGCUUUGGAAAACACCUGUAAGCUGUUACCUUUAUGUCCAACGACCCGGGGGGGUAAAAAACAACUAAAAAAGGUAAUAUACAUAAUAAUGCCAGUGUUUAGAGCAAACAAUUACAAUUCCAUGUCGAUUCAAAAAAGAUAACUUCUUUAAAAAGUGCAUGAUUUCAAAUGUAUAUAGUUAAUUGCAUAGGAUUUGUAAAAUGUAAAUUGUGUAAACUUAAGAAUAUGUGAAGCAUAAAAGUGAUUUGAAGGACAUGCAGUGAAACCUUUGUUUCUUCUAAGGAGGCGAGAGUUGGAGUCAGUCAAACAGGGCACAGUAGAUCUACCUCUCCUGUAAGAAGAUUUGAUGGGAUUUGAUUUGAUUGCCAGCCAGCAUUUGAGAUCCACACAGCUUUAGACUUUAAAUACCCUUCUUACAGAGGAGGUAAGGCAGGCUACCAAAGCCUUAUAUGUAUGUGCAGGCAACUCGUGUUUGAAAUAUGGCAGAUGCAGCUACAGCAUCGAUCGUACGUCGAUACAGGCUUCGUUCUUCACUGAUGCAACAGUGUGAUGAAUCACGCAAUGACUGACUGUUUGAUGUCGACUCAGUGUGAAUCUCCCCGCAACUCGUCUCCAUGCAAGCCUGUACUGAACUUGAUUUGGUCAGGCAUCUGAGUUGACAGCGCAACUACCCCGCCCCCUCUCCGGUGGACUUUCUGAAACACUUUUAGCGAUGUCCCUCCCAGGCGCAAAGGCAAGCUCUCAACUUCCCGUUACGCAAUGUCAUCUCCUCUAAUCAACGGGGCAUCAAUCAAAGGCACUUAAUCCUAUCAGAAUGGCUUUGGGACUACCUGGAAACUCUUCUUCUGCUGCUUGAGGUGAAGCAAGGCGCUGUUGUGAUUACUGGGCAAAAAUCAUUUACUGAAUCAACCCCCGAGUGACAUGUAUGAAUGAUUUAAGCAUUUACCUCACUGUUCGUGCUGCACACAUUUAUAUGGGCGGUUACACCAAAGGUUCUGCCUCCAGUGAUAAAAAAUGGCACCUUGCUUUUUCUUCAAGGAUCUUUUGUGGCAUACCAAAUAAUGCACAGUGUACUUUAUCCCAUCAGCUGUCAUUCAGACAUUAGAAAUCUAUAAUUUGCAUAUGAAAUGUCCUCUACUGUAUGUAUGUGUCAUGAGAUGUAAUAUGUGUAAGCAAAUAAAGGAAUUU